AGAGUGGCACUGUGUGCCCAUCCUGUUUUCUCUCUCAUAUAUAAAAAAAACGCUAACAGAAACAUGUAUAUAUUGGUUCCGAAUCCUUGAGAUAUACAUAUAUGUAUUGGGAGUAGUGAAUCUUACUGACUAGCAACUAGCAAGGGAGAGAAGCUGAGGAAAGAGAAGAUGGGAAGGAUAUUUGUGGUAGAGCUGGAGGGAAGGUGCUACAAAUGCAAGUUCUGCAAAACUCACUUGGCCCUCUUCUCCGACUGUGUCUCUCGGGCUUUUCGUUGCCACCGAGGAAAAGCAUACCUCUUCAAUAAUGCGGUGAAUACCAUUGCUGGAACAUCAGAGGAGAGGAUGAUGCUCUCGGGUUUGCAUACUGUUGCAGAUAUAUUUUGCUGCUCUUGUGGCCAAAUCGUUGGCUGGAAAUAUGAAUCUGCACACGAGAACAGCCAGAAAUAUAAAGAGGGAAAGUUCAUCCUUGAAAGAGGGAGGAUCGUAGACGAAGUAGAUUUUUCCGGAGAGUUCUUUGUUGAUACUCGUCCUAGCAUGAGUGGUAGUGACGGGGACGAUGCAUAGGAACUAAAUUUCGUUGCCGGAAUCAUUGUAUCAGACGCGAGGCAAGACAGAGCAGCUGUUGCACCGUUUGUAAUAGAUUGUAAACAGUAUUUGAAUAAAUGACUUGGUAAACAAAACAAACGCAGAUGUGAAGUGUUUGGGUGUAUGUUGUUCAAGCAUAUUGAUUCAUGUGUUUUGACGGAAGUGAUUGUUACUUGGGCUUGUCAGCCUUAUGUAGAUAUUUGGGCCGCAUUAUGGGCCCUCCUUGUUGGGCUUAUUGAGGAAAUGUUGAAACUCUUGAGUUUUUCUCUAAAA